CCACCUCCUUGACCUGUCCGUCUUCCCUGGACUGACCUUUUCUCUCCUCUCCACCUUCGGUCCGCCUCCCCCUCUCUCCCUAUUUAUUCCAGUUCCCUCUCCCCGUCCCCCUCUCUGAUGAAGGGUCUAGGCCCGAAACGUCAGCUUUUGUGCUCCUGAGAUACUGCUUGGCCUGCUGUGCUCAUCCAGCCUCACAUUUUAUUAUUUUAGGAGAGAGAGCUGUUUUGGUUUGUGAUACAAGAGACGAGGCUGUCUAUGCCUUUCACCCAUCGGUAGCUCUCCUCCUGUCCCUGCCUCUAUGCACACACUCUGCCAGGCAUAGUCUUCCUCCCUCUGUGUGUGUGUGUGUGUGUGUGUGUGUCUCUCUCUCUCGCUUCAGCUCCUAAAACCUAAGAUGCAUCGGAUAUAAAAACACGCACAUAAACACACACACGCGCACACACACAUCAACAAGCCAUGGAGAAAGAUCAGGAAUUACUGCAAGCUGUCAAAACCGAAGAUGUAGCUGCAAUGCAGAAGCUGUUGCAAAGGCCGAAACAAGGCAAAGCGAAACCAUACGAUUAGACUGUUUUGAUGAGAAAUUUAAAGAUUACGUGUCCCAUCCGUUUGACUCACAGUUUGGUGCCAUAGGUUGGUACGAUCUUCGUUGGAGAAGGAAAAGGGAUGUUCCAGAUACAGAAAACCGUCAAACCAUUUACAACAAAGUCCAUUUCUGAACCAUACGAUGAGACUGUUUUGAUGAGGAAUUGAAAGAUUAUGUGUCCCAUCCAUUUGACUCACAGUUUGGUACCAUAGGUUGGUACGAUCUUCGUUGGAUAAGGAAAAGGGAUGUUCCAGAUACAGAAAAUCGUCAAACCAUUUACGACAAAGUCCAUUUCUGUAGCACGCUGAGUAUUGUUAUCCCGAUAGUUCUUUCGUAUCAGUCCGUGUGUAUUCCUGGGCGAAUGUGCUCGUGUGGUCUCAGGAGUUGCGGAGAUCACGGCUCUGGGACAGCCGUUUCAUCGCUCUAUGCUGCAGGAAAAAAGCAAUGAAAGUGCCGUUAAUGUUUUGCACGGCGAGCUGCUGCACACUAACCGGUCUCACACCAUUACCAACACCUUGCCCUUGUGAAGGCAGAUAUGGAUAAGGUUCUCAAAGCUGAUAGAAGAUUGAAACCACUCUAAUCCUGUGACGAUGAACCUACCCCGGAAGAGAGAGCCCAGAGAAUUGCCAAAGCUGUCCGCAAACAGUCAACAGAAGUGAAGGAAAAUUGGGAGCAAUUGAAAACCCGUGCGAGCAACUGGCAGAAACAGGUGGAAAAGGCGUUGGAGAAACUUCAAGAACUGCAGAAAGCGCUGGAUGAUCUUGAGGCUCAUGUGCUAACAGCUGAGGGGGUCCACACUGAUUGGCAACCUGUGGGUGACCUGCUUAUUGACUCAUUGCAGGAUCACAUUGAUAAAACCACAGGGAAGGACUAUCUGCAAAAUCUGAGAUUGGGUUUUGAAAGACAGCAGCCUUUGUUUUGGAGAGAUAAUGGGAACUGCAGAUGCUGGAGAACGCGAGAUAACACCGUGUGGAACUGGAUGAAGACAGCAGGCCAAGCAGCAUCUCAGGAGCACAAAAGCUGACGUUUCGGGCCGAGAACCUUCUUCAGAAAAUGGGGAGGGGGUGCGGGUUCUGGAAUAAAUAGGGAGAGAGGGGGAGGCGGAUGGAAGAUGGAUGGAGGAGAAGAUAGGUGGAGAGGAGAGUAUGGGUAGGGAGGCAGGGAGGGGAUAGGUCAGUCUGGGGAGGCGGGACAGGUCAAGGGAGCGGGAUGAGGGGAAAUAGGGGUGCGGCAUGAGGUGGGAGGGGGGAUGGGUGAGAGGAAGAAUAGGUUAGGGAGGCAGGGACGAGCUGGGCUGGUUUUGGGAUGCAGUGGGAGGACAGGAGAUGUGGAAGCUUGUGAAAUCCACACUGAUAGCAUUGGGCUGCAGGGUUCCCAAGCAGAAUAUGAGUUGCUGUUCCUGCAACCUUCGGGUGGCAUCAUUAUGGCACUGCAGGAGGUCCAGGUUGGACAUGUCCUCUCAGGAAUGGGAGGGGGAGUUGAAAUGGUUCGUGACUGGGAGGUGCAGUUGUUUAUUGCAAACUGAGCGUAGGUGUUCUGAAAAGUGGUCCCCAAGCCUCUGCAUCGUUUCCCCAAUGUGGAGGAAGCCACAACGGGGACAGCGGAUGUUUUGGAUAUUUCUUAAGCAUUGAUUUUCAUUCAGAGUUGGUUGGAUUUUGCUGAAGCAAUAGACAUAACUCACUAUGACAUAGACAAUGUCAGAGUUAAUGUUUCGCGUCCUGUGACCCUUCCUCAGAUCUCACUCUUCACUGAUGCUGCCAGACCUGCUGAGCUUUUCCAGCAACUUCUGCUUUUGUUGCUGAUUUACAGUGCCCACAGUUAGAACAUAGAACAUAGAACAGUACAGCACAGAAAAGGCCCAUCAGCCCACAAUGUUGUGCCGACCAUUGAUCCUCAUGUAUGCACCCUCAAAUUUCUGUGACCAUAUACAUGUCCAGCAGUCUCUUAAAUGACCCCAAUGACCUUGCUUCCACAACUGCUGCUGGCAACGCAUUCCAUGCUCUCACAACUCUCUGCGUAAAGAACCUGCCUCUGACAUCCCCUCUCUACUUUCCACCAACCAGCUUAAAACUAUGACCCCUCGUGCUAGCCAUUUCUGCCCUGGGAAAUAGUCUCUGGCUAUCAACUCUAUCUAUGCCUCUCAUUAUCUUGUAUAUCUCAAUUAGGUCCCCUCUCCUCCUCCUUUUCUCCAAUGAAAAGAGACCGAGCUCAGUCAACCUCUCUUCAUAAGAUAAGCCCUCCAGUCCAGGCAGCAUCCUGGUAAACCACCUCUGAACCCUCUCCAAAGCAUCCACAUCUUUCCUAUAAUAGGGCGCCCAGAACUGGACGCAGUAUUCCAAGUGCGGUCUAACCAAAGUUUUAUAUAGCUGCAACAAGAUCUCACGACUCUUCAACUCAAUCCCCGUGUUAAUGAAAGCCAAAACACCAUAUGCUUUCUUAACAACCCUGUCCACUUGGGGGGCCAUUUUAAGGGAUCUAUGUAUCUGCACACCAAGAUCCCUCUGUUCCCCCACGCUGCCAAGAAUCCUAUCCUUAAUCCUGUACUCAGCUUUCAAAUUCGACCUUCCAAAAUGCAUCACCUCGCAUUUAUCCAGGUUGAACUCCAUCUGCCACCUCUCAGCCCAUCUCUGCAUCCUGUCAAUGUCCUGCUGCAGCCUACAGCAGCCCUCUACACUGUCAACGACACCUCCGACCUUUGUGUCGUCUGCAAACUUGCUGACCCAUCCUUCAAUUCCCUCGUCCAAGUCAUUAAUAAAAAUUACAAACAGUAGAGGCCCAAGGACAGAGCCCUGUGGAACUCCACUCACCACUGACUUCCAGGCAGAAUCUUUUCCUUCUACUACCACUCGCUGUCUUCUGUUGGCCAGCCAAUUCUGUAUCCAAGCAGCUAAGUUCCCCUGUAUCCCAUUCCUCCUGACCUUCUGAAUGAGCCUACCAUGGGGAACCUUAUCAAAUGCCUUACUGAAGUCCAUAUACACCACAUCCACAGCUCGACCCUCAUCAACUUUUCUAGUCACAUCCUCAAAACCUCGAUAAGGUUUGUAAGGCAUGACCUACCCCUCACAAAGCCGUGUUGACUGUAUUUGAUCAAGCCAUGCUCUUCCAGAUGGUCAUAAAUCUUAUCCCUCAGAAUCCUUUCUAACAACUUGCAGACGACAGACGUGAGACUUACCGGUCUAUAAUUGCCAGGGAUUUCCCUAUUUCCUUUCUUGAAGAGACGAAUUACAUUUGCCUCUCUCCAGUCCUCAGGUACGACUCCAGUGGAGAGCGAGGAUGCAAAGAUCUUCGCAAGUGGCGAAGCAAUUGCAUUUCUCGCUUCCCAAAGCAGCCGAGGACAAAUCUGAUCCGGGCCUGGCGACUUGUCAAUCUUAAUGUUUGACAAAAUUUUCAGCACAUCAGCUUCGUCUAUCUCUAUCCAUUCCAGCAUGCACACCUGCUCUUCAAAGGUUUCAUUCACUACAAAGUUGGUUUCUUUCGUAAAGACAGAAGCAAAAAACUCAUUUAGGGCUUCCCCUACCUCCUCAGGCUCCACACACAAGUUCCCUAUGCCAUCCCUGAUCGGCCCUAUGACGCAGGCAAAACUCUAUCUCUGCAGGAAGCAUGAUGCUGUGUUCUCAAACUUCCCUGCCUUUUUGUCAUAUAAUAUUGUCUUUUUAGGACAGAAGUGGCUUUUUUUUGUUUGCUUUGACUUGUGCACAUACUUUCUAUGCAUGUUAAAAUUCUACACAUUUUCAGUUCACUGCAGUGCUGCAUAAUGAAGACUUGGAACAAUUUUUUUUUUUAUAAAGUAGAAAAUCAGUGUGGUUUGUUUUCCAAAAUGUGAUGUGUAAGUGCAACACUUAACAGUGUGUUCAUCAAACUAUUGUUUCCUUUGAUCUUUGUGUUGCAGAAAUUUCUAGAAUCAUUUCAUCUCUAUUUUUCUUGAUAUAUUUCGCAGCUUUCCUGGAGCAAGUCUGGUUUCCUUCGGAUGAGACGACUUUCAGACAUACUCCCUUUAUUAUGAGAUUUAAUUGCGGUAAAAUGAGGAGGAUUUUUAUUCACUGAGACACACAUGACUAUAUGUUUAAAGCAUUGGAAAAUGCGUUCUGUUCGGACUGUCAUGUUAUCUGGUGUUUGUACCAGGCUUUCCGAUUAAAUGCAAGUGAUUAAGGAUGCUAAUGAUGCCACAUUUUAUUACAAGAAGAAAUGAACAUACAAGUCAGGAUUUUAUGCCACAUUUAUACAUAGCAUAUACCAUGCAGCAUGGAUGCAGUGACUGAGUGAAAUGGGAUGCAGUGACUGAGUGAAAUGGGAUGCAGUGACUGAGUGAAAUAGGGAUGCAGUGUCGGAGGGAAAUAGGGAUGCAGUGACUGAGACAAAUGGGAUGCACUGACAGAUGGAAAUGGGAUACAGUGCCUCAGUGAAAUGCUCACAACGAAUUGCCCCCUCCAGUCCUGACCCGCUCUCAGCAACUUGCCCCCUCCGUCCUGCCCCGCUCACAGCGACUUUCCCCAUCCGUCCUGACCCGCUGACAGCGAAUUGUCCCCUCCGUUCUGACCCACUCGCAGCGACCUGCCCCUACAGUCGUGACCCGCUCACACCGACUAGCGCCUGCAGUCCUGACCCGCUCACACCGACUAGCGCCUGCAGUCCUGACCCGCUCACAGUGACUCGCCCCUGCAGUCCUGACCUGCUCACAGCGACUUCUCUCUGCAGACCUGACCCACUCACAGCGAAUUACCCCUGCAGUCCUGACCCGCUCAUUGCGACUUGCCCCUGCAGUCCUGACCCCCUCUCAGCGACUCGCCCCUUCAGUCCUGUCCCAAUCACAAGGACUUGCCCUCUCCAUCCUUACCCGCUCACAGCGACUUGCCCCCUCAGUCCUCAGCCCCUCACAGCGACUUGCCACCUCAGUCUUGACCCACUCACAGCGACCUCCCCCCUCUGUCCUGACCCCCUCACAGCAACCUGCCCCCUCCGUGCUGACCCCCUCACAGCAACCUGCCCCCUCCGUGCUGACCCGCUCACAGUGACUUGCCCCUGCAGUCCUGGCCCCGACACAGUGACCUGCCCCCUCACUCCUGACCCGCUCAACAUUGAGGAAACCAAGCAGAGGCUUGGGGACCGCUUUGCAGAACACCUCCACUCGGUUCGCAACAAACAACUGCACCUCCCAGUCGCGAACCAUUUUAACUCCCCCUCCCAUUCCUUGGACGACAUGUCCAUCAUGGGCCUCCUGCAGUGCCACAAUAAUGCCACCCGAAGGUUGCAAGAACAGCAACUCAUAAUCCGCUUUGGAACCCUGCAACCCAAUGGUAUCAAUGUGGACUUCACAAGCUUCAAAAACUCCCCCUCCCCAACUGCAUCCCAAAACCAGCCCAGUUCUUCCCCUCCCGCGACUGCAUCACAAAACCAGCCCAGCCGUUCCCUUCCCCCGACACCAGUCCAGCCGUUCCCUUCCCCCGACUGCUUCCCAAAACCAGCCCAGCCUGUCUCCGCCUCCUUAACCUGUUGUUCCUCUCACCCAUCCCUUCCUCCCACCUCAAGCCACACCUCCAUUUCCUACCUACCACCUCAUCCUGCCUCCUUGACCUGUCCAUCUUCCCUGGACUGAACUAUCCCCUCCCUACCUACUCACCUGUACUCUCCUCUCUACCUAUCUUGUUUUCUCUCCAUCUUCGGUCCGCAUCCCCCCCUCUCCCUAUUUAUUCCAGUUCCCUCUCCCAUCCCCGUCUCUGAUGAAGGGUCCAGGCCCGAAAUGUCAGCUUUUGUGCUCCUGAGAUGCUGCUUGGCCUGCUGUGUUCAUCCAGCUCCGCACUUUGUUAUCUUGGAUUCUCCAGCAUCUGCAGUUCCCAUUAUCAGUGGCAUUUUCCUCUUCAUCAAAGUUUGUGCAAAAGCAACACGAUAUGGGGCGACACGGUGGCUCAGCGGUUAGCACUGCAGCCUCACAGCACUGGGGACCCAGGUUCAAUUCCAGCCUCAGGCAACUGUCUGUGUGGAAUUUGCACCUUGUCCCUGUGUCUGCGUGGGUUUCCUCCAGGUGUUUCAGUCUCGUCCCACUGUCCAAAGAUGUGCACGCUAGGUGGAUUGGCCAUGCUAAAUUGCCCAUAGUGUUCAGGGGCGUGGGUCUGGAUGGGAUGCUCCAAGGUUUGGUGUGCACUUGUGGGGCCAAAGGGCCUGUUUCCACACUGUAGGGAAUCUAAACAAUCCUGUUCCGACACCUCCAUGUUAUAACCCUGCUGAUCACUGCACACAGAGAUGUUUGAUAACAAAAGGAUAACAAUAAUAUUCAAACCCAGUGCUGGAAAUGUAAUUUAAAUGAGUAUUUGAAAUACAGAGGCCAGUGUCGAUCUUCAAUUCAACUUUUAUUUACAAAUGAUCUGUCUUCAACUUUAGCACUGCCUCAUUCAGAGAUAGUUGCCAGGGUGUCAGCGUCUCUGACCCUCACACUUCUUAUCUGUCAGCCAGGGCUCCCUGAUUUGGGCUGUUCAUAUGGAGCAAUCAGUCAACUCUCAUUCUGAGAGGUUCAACUGGCCGACCUGGUCACAAACCAGUGCGGUGUGUUCAUCGAAAAUCAAACAUGUACUAGAAAGGUACCAUUACAUACUAGUGUAAAGGAAGGCAUGACGCUAAACUGGGGAGAGAAGGGAACUGCUAAUUGGGGGUGGCCCAGAGAGUAGAAGAAAAUCGAAUGGGAAGAUGACCAUUUGAGACUGAGGGAGAGAGAUGUAAUUGCCUGAAUGAGGCAUUGCAAUUGCGAAAUGGAUUUUUGUGUGUACACCAUGUUCAGUUUCCCCGAUCUGUGCUCCUCUUUGAAUCAUUAGUAUCUGAAAUUUCUGUAUCAUUUCCAAAUGCUCUGUCUCUAAUGUUAUGCUGUUGGAAUUGGUUGAACUGCAGAGAUAUCAUUUAUUUGCACAAAUGUGUUCAGUGAAAUGAGUUGCAUGCUAUAUAUGUAUUAUUCUUCCUGAUUCUAUUGUACGCAUACAAAUUAAAGUUAGUUCCACUUUUGAAGAACAAA